UUUUUCUAUGGCAGAGUCUAUAAUUCAGAUUAUUUAUUUUCAUUUGUAACCAAUUAGUUAAUCUUUGUAAUAUUAGUAAUUUUUACCAUUUUUUUUUGUUAUCAUUUUAAAAUGGAAGGAAGAAGAGGAGAGUUUACAGAUGAAAAUAAUAAUGUUUAUAAUUAUUGUCAACGUUCCUAUUCAAAUGUUAGGCAAAAUGAACCUGGAUCUGAUACAUCUCUUAGAGAACACAUUGUUAGCUAUCAAACAGAGUCAUUUCAUUUUCUGCAAGACAUGGGUAUGAUACCAAAAUCAACACAUUGUUCAGACUGUAAUAGGAGUAUGAACUGGAAUUUCUCUGGAACAGUUGAUUUAUUUGAAUGGAUUUGCCCAGGAUGUAGAAAGAGUUGUCCUAUUAAACAAUGCUCACCUUUAGAGGACAUUGAUUGCAGCUAUGACAAGAUUUUAGGUGUUAUAUGGGCUUGGUGUAACAGUGAAGAAAUAGACAAAACAGCAUUUAAGUUUGGAAUUGAAUCCAAAACUGUGAUGAAUAUUUUUUCAAUUGCUGGACUAGCAGCAGAGAAACAUAUAACAAGGUAUACUUCACAAUGGAAUAUUGGAGGACCUGGUGUAAUAGUACUCAUUGACACAUUUCCUGAAACAUUUUUAAGUGGAAGUAGACAGAGCAAUAGACCGAUACUUUGCUUGGCUGAACUGAAGGGUUUUCCUUUGACCAUUCUGUUUCAUCCUCUACAAACGGAAUUAGGAAAUCAAGAAAACGCAAUUGAGGUGAUGAAAAUGCAAUGUCAAUCAUUUAUUAGAGAUUUUGUGCAUCCUGAAUCUGCUGUAGUUGCAAGAAGAAAUGCUUUUUUUUGUUCAUAUGAAGAUAUUUCAUUGAACCAGCCCCAAUUCAAUGUGUUAGCGAGUGAUCAAGGUUUACUAAAACAUGAAUCUGUAGGUCGAAAUCUUCAUAGUAUUUUGUCAACUAUAUGGGAAGAGGCUGUUUAUGUUUGCAUGGAUGCUCAGUAUUACCCCCAUCAUUUGGUUCAGAGUUUUCUUUUCAGUCACAUGUGGAAGAAUAAAUACAAUAAUAGUGCAUAUCCUUUGAUUCUGAAAGAAAUUUCAAGUAUGGUUAAAGAAGGCAGCUUCAUGCUUCAAAAAAAAAUGAAAUAAAUCAAAUAAUAUAAAUCUUGAAAAAAAUUACUCGUAUGAUCAGAUCCAGCAAACAUUAUUUGGCAGGCUAUGAUAAUUUAUAAUACACCACCUAGUACAUUUUUAAUUUGUGCACACAAAGCCUCAUUUGUGUUUCACCAAGAGUGCCUUACGACAAUCAGUUUAUAAAUGUAUGAUUCGAAUGAUAGAUAUCAUAUAAUGGUUAGUGUUAUCCAAUAAGUUAUCUAAUUACUUCGGACAAUUUUUUUAUAAUGAAUUUAUUAGUUUAGUUUGUAAUAUGAUUAGAACAUUUAUUGAAGUCCAAUUAUAUUCAUAGUGCUGAAGUUUUUAGUCCAUAUGUGCCUUGUGCAGUUGUAUAGUUUUGAAUCUGAUUAUGAUUGAGUUUUUACGUGACCUGGAAUAUCCAAGCAUAUCUGUUAAAAAUGUAUAUAAAAAAUUAAUAUUAUUGAGUUUAGGCUUUACAUGCAAUAAACUCUUUUUUCCUUUU